AUGGCAAGUUUUGAAAAACUAUAUGGUUUUCCGCAAGUAGUUGGAGCAGUUGAUGGGUGUCACAUUAGAAUAAAGGCUCCUUAUAAAAAUUCAGAGGAUUAUAUAAACAGAAAAGAUUAUCACUCCAUUAUAUUACAGGGGUUGGCAGAUAGCAAGUACUUAUUCAGAGAUAUUUUUGUUGGGUGGACUGGCAAAUCUCACGAUUCAAGAGUUUUUAAAAAUUCUCCUUUAUAUAAAGAGUGUCUAGUCAGAACCUUUUUACCUAAUAACUUAAACAAAAUAAUUAAUAAUAUAGAAAUUGGUCCUCUUAUUCUCGGUGAUUCAGCUUAUUCCCUUGAAAAUUGGCUUAUGAAACCCUACUCAGAUCGUGGAAAUUUAAGUAUAGAAGAAGCAAGUUUAACGCUUAUAUAG